AUGUCCGUCGUCGUCCCCUCACAUCGCAUCCACACCAUAUACAGCACCUUCGGCCCCGGCUUUGGUCUGUCUACCCCGGUCUCUGCGGCCGAUGCAUUCGCCCACUUGCCCAACAUCACUGUCGCCGCCUCGCGCAGCCGUGGCCCUGGUCUCUCCCCACGAACUGCGUCGGCAUCCUUGCCCUCUCCCUCUUCUGGAUCCCGUUCCAUAGCCAGGCGAUAUCCCGCCAGCCCCCGCCGUGCGCCGCCACCACCGCCACGGGUAUCGUUCGCGCCGUCCAGCUGCGAGGACCCCUUCGCAGACCAAGUAGGCACCGCCGAGACGACAGCCCAGGCAGCGCACACCACGCUCUCCAUAUCCGCGCCAUUAAUCGCCUCUCGAACGCGUAUCGCGUCUUACGCCGCUCCAUCUACCUCCAUAGCGCCGCAGAGUCUGCUAGCCCCAUCGCCGUCAGUACCAGUGACACUACCACCCGGCAUUGCGCUUCCAUCAUCUGUGGAGGGAUUGGAGGGCUUGAAAGGGAGGCUCGUUGCAAAUGUCUUGCUCAGUCGACGUCAUGGGCGACCGUUGCGCAGACGACCUGAAAGCGUGGGGGAACCCCGGGUGUAUAUGAGGAGUGGGCUGUCACGGAUGGUCGAGCUGGACGCGUGA